GCGGUUCACUGUCUUCGAAGGUGAGGCGAGUGCGCUGCUGGUGUGUGGGAGAGGACACGUGGCGCGAUCUGAGCCUUCGACGUGGUUGCGUUUCGCCAUGAACACGUCUUGCAGUUUCGCUCGCUCCGUCAGAAUCACUCCCACUUUCCGUCCUCUUCGGUUAUCGCCACCAUUUUCGUCGUCCUCAUCACGCACCCGCCAGCCUCCUCCGGCUGUCGCCGGCGGCUCUGCCACGUGCAUACGUAACCAUCGCGCGCGCGUUUCCCUCCAGUGCUCCUGCUCCCACUCCGUCGCCGCCUCCUCCUCCUUCCUGGUCGGUUCUCCCAUCCCUAAUGGCGGUGUCGCCGGAAAUGGAAGACGAAGGGCUGUCGCGGCGGCGGCCUUUUCGUUAUCCCAAACGUCAUCAUCCGGAUCGUUGUCUUCGGAGAUGAACGGUCUUUCGCAAUCAGCCAAGCUGCUGCCACGUGGCGCACGGCGGCUGCGCCUCGUCGUGCUGCACUCUUUUCGUCAACCCCAAGGGCUUAGCGGAGCGGAAACGUCAUUCACUAACAGAACAGCUAUUGCCGGCUGUCUCUUCUCGUUAACGACGCCUUCCUCCUCCCUCUCCUCCUCCUCCUCCUCCAUCUUCUCCUGCUCGCCCUGCUCGUCCUCUGUCCUUGGUCAAUUGAGAUGGCGCAGGAACAAGGUCGUGCCACUGCGCGCCGAGCUUUCUGAAACGUUGUCAGCCUCGUCUCCGCUGGUGGAUCUUCGAGUGCGGGCUGCAGUACCGAUAGCCACGACGAGGAGUGACGACGUGGAAGGGGGGGAGGAGGUUGUUCUGCAGUAUGAAGGGAGGGGAGAAGGAGGAUCAGGUGGAGAGGGGUUGUUGUCGUCCUCUUCCGAGCGCGAGAAGACUCACCCGGCGGGGUGGUUUGCCAGCGAGGAAGGGGGAAGGACCUUUUCCGCACCCUCGGGUGCGGCUGAGGGAGAAGUAGACGGAGAGGGGAGGAGGGGAAGCAGCAGAAGCAGCAGCGGGAACGGCGGAAUCAAUAGUGAGGGCGUGGAAGUAGCAGAUCUCCCCGAGACGAAGAGCCUGUCCUCCUUGAGAAAUGAUGUUCAGUUCUCGACUUCUGCCGGUCAGAGCGGGAAGGAGGCAUCGGUAUCCGUUGAAGGGGCGACAGCGGAGAAUGGACUGCUGACCCUUUUGACAUCGCAAGGGUCGUCGGCGAUCGGAGCAGCGGAUGCUUCGUCAGCCGCAGCCGACGAUGGAGUAACAUUAGAUGAGGCCACAAAGUUGUCCUUGAAAGGAAGGGAGAAAGAAGGAGGAGAGGAGAAUGGGAGCUGGUCCUCGUCUGUUGUCGACGAAGCGAGGAGUUUGGAAACGGAUGCGGAGUCCAACGACGGUGCCUGGAGCGAGUUCGAUCUCCAUCGACCCGCCUAUCAUCUCCAGGGCAACAUCGGGAAGGAGUGGAGAGGGAAACAAGCGGUUAUGAAGGUGGGACAUGAUGAUGAGGUUGGGUUCUUGAUGACCAGGACGGAAAAGGUCUCGGGAUCCGAAUGCAAUGGGAGGGAGAGGAGGAGGUGGGGGGGUAAGGACGAGGGAAAAGGAAGAUUGUGCCACAAGGAGUUCACCGGAAUGGUAUCAAGAGCGGCGAAGCAUUUUGUCCAGUCGUCAGAAACUGCUCGCUGCAAGCACAGCACCGGGGAGAUUGCUGCUGCGGUCCGCAAGUUCCACCCGUCACAAGCAAUCUGCCCAUUGAUGAUGAAGAAAUUGAACGAGUAUUACAGGAUGCAGGGCCGCCCGCCAGUCGCGGAGGAUCCCGUGGAUUUGGAGCCGGAUCAGCACACAGAAUGGGAGGGUGGUCAUGACACACCUUCAUCGCGGGCAGAUUACAGGGCAGGUCCGACGCCGGAGGAAGGGAGCGGCAUUGGUUUGGGAUCAACAUCCAUCGGGAACAUAGCAGCCCGCACUUGCACGGAUGAUGAGAUGCCAUCAAAGAUUGCCGAGCACUUGCGGGGUCCCGUCUUGGCUUCCGCCCGCCCACCACGACCUCCCUCGGCCGGUGCGGGGCGGCAGCAGACAUCCAUGGCCGCUUUUGUCGGUGAUGAGCUGAAGAAAGAGUUUGACCAGGCGAUCGCCUCAUUCUUCUUCGAGAUUGCUAUUGCAUUCAAUGCUGCAAGAUCAGACUCCUAUAAGAACAUGGAGAGGAUCAUGAACGAGGCGGCCAGGUCGCGGAAGAUGUUGAAACUGCCAGGGUACAACUUCUUGAGGAGGAAGGCACUCUCUGCGGAGUACAAAACUGUGGAUACUGAUUUGGACAAGAUCCGUGAGCCAUGGGAUGUCACAGGCCUCACUUUAAUGACGGACGGUACGACAACGACCAGCAACAGGCCGGUCAUAAACUUCAUUGUGGCCGGGGAUUCGGAGGCUAUCAUGGUGAAAAGUGUUGAUAUGGAGGGGAAGGACAAGUUGCAGACAUCCAUGGCCGCUUUUGUCGUUGAUGAGCUCAAGAAAGAGUUUGACCAGGCGAUCGCCUCAUUCUUCUUUGAGAACGCUAUUGCAUUCAAUGCUGCAAGAUCAGACUCCUAUAAGAACAUGGAGAGGAUCAUGAACGAGGCAGCCAGGUCGCGGAAGAUGUUGAAACUGCUAGGGUACAACUUCUUGAGGACGAAGGCACUCUCCGCGGAGUACAAAACUGUGGAUACUGAUUUGGACAAGAUCGGUGAGCCAUGGGAUGUCACAGGCCUCACUUUGAUGACGGAUGGUGUGACAACGACCAGCAACAGGCCGGUCAUAAACUUCAUUGCGGCCGGGGAUUCGGGGGCUAUCAUGGUGAAAAGUGUUGAUAUGGAGGGGAAGGACAAGUUGGCUCCGGCUUUGGCGAGGAUGUGGGAGGAGGUCAUCAGGGAGUUGGGGGUGCAUAGGGUCAAUGCCAUAUGCACCGACUCGGCACCGGUGAACAUAUCUGCAAGGAAAAUACUAGCUAACCACGACGACCCGACGAUCAGGAACAUUCCUUGGGUGCCAUGUGCAUGCCAUGUGUGCAACCUGCUCAUGUGCGACAUCGCUUCAGUGCCAUGGAUUGCGGAGGUGAUUCUUCAGGGCAGGGAGAUCACCACGUUUAUCAAGAGACAUCAGAGAGCAUUGGCGAUGUUCAGAAGGGCCGGGAGGGAGUAUAAGACACAACUCGACAUCAAAGACGGUAGGCCGUUGGAAUUGAUCCUACCAGGGGAAACUAGAUUUGACACAAACUUCGUCAUGUUGCAGAGACUACGGGAGGUGGAGGCAGUGUUGUUGGCAAAAGUAUCCCAUGCGUGUUGGGAUGAUUCCCCAUGGGACCGGACCGCAGCGUCAAGGGCGCUAGCAUGCAAGGAUCUCAUACGAGACCCGGCUUGGUGGUUGGCCGUCGAGCGGGCAUGCACUUUGCUUCAGCCACUUUAUUCGCUGACGAGGGACAUGGACAGAGACGGGAGGAUGGGGAUGCAGGUGUGGUCUUUGGGGAUCACGUUGGAGAAGAGAAUGGCUGUUUUGCCCAUGGAUUGCGAGACAAGGGCGAUUGUGAUGAAGAAGGUGAAGGAGCGUGUGCGGAUGAUGGCUCUCCCUGUGCACGCAGCAGCAUGGAUGUUGCACCCACUCCACAGGUCGCCUAGAUUAUUCGACGACUUGGAAAUUGUGGAGAUCAUGAACACUCUGGCGCACUUUGUCGCGGUUUACACCAAAAAUUCGAAGGAGUACAAAGUGUUGGAGGUCCUUGGAAAGUUUCCAUCACAAAACUUCGGAGUGGAUUUGGCCGAACUCAGAGGAGGUUUUUGCAUGCACUCACGUUUCACCGGCGCAAUGGUGGUUGACAUAUGGGAAGAAUCACAAGUCGUUGUAGAGGAUUGCAGUCGCAGUGCUCAGCAUGUGGACAACUGCCUCUCCAUGCGAGAGGAACUGAAGUUGCUGAGGAUGUCGAAGAUGAAGAUCGGGUUUGUUAACACCGAGCGACUGGAGUGGGAGACACCGGAGGACUUGGCUCCCUACGAUGGCUUCAUGCAAGACAGGGAGUACGACCCCGAGGAAGUGAAGAGGAGGGCAGCGAACUGGUCCAAAUCUCGCGGGCGUAGAUCGAAGUCGACCAAAUUCGACAUUCGGGAGCUUAAGGAGGAGAGGGUGGACGAUGGGGCAUGGGUCCUUGAUCUUUCUUACCGCCCUCGUCGUCUUGCGGAUCAUGACCGUGGGAAGACCGUUGUUGAUGUUGACGGCGAACAGCCUAGCCAUGACAACGAGGAUGCUGACGAGUUGGUUCGAGUGGAACUCGUUGACAGGCGGUCGACUAUGAGGUUGGGAGGCGGUUCAUCUUCUUCGUCCCCACGUGACCACAUCACGACGCCAGAGGAGGGUGUUCGUUUACGGCGUCGGACUUCCAUAUUAGGCGGUGCGGCUUCGGUGCAGGGGACCGCCUCACUCUCGGGAGCACAGCUCACCAGUCAUCUGCGACCAACGCUCGAGGAGGCAGGCACCGCUCGUGGGACCACACCCGGUGGGUCGGUGCACGUCCCCCAUGAUCGAUAUGCGGUGGAGGUAGAUGCGUCUGUUGGUGCAGACAUGGACGGCCCCAUUGCUGUUGCUCAGGCGGAGGCCGAUGCGGUAAUUGAUGCGCGUGGGGAUGAUCCGGUUGGUGAGCACGGGGAUGAUCCGGGUGGUGCCACUGCUACGGAUGGUGUUGUCGGUGCAGUUGACGAUGGUGCUGUUGGUGCGAACACGGGGACCGACGAUGGUCCCAUUGCGAGCGCCGAUGGGUUGUCCACUCCGGAUCCAGGGUUGCGAUUGGGGGAGAGAUUCGCCUCCCUGGUGUCGCACGUGGCCCCUAUUGCCCCGCGUGGCUCUGCACAAGACUUUUGUAAGCACCUGGCUUCGAUGUCCCCAAUGUGGACGGAUGAUGAAUCUAACACCCCUGAUUGGGCCAGAUUCAGCGGACCAACCCCGCCCACUCUUUGGUCGAACGAGGACAUUCCACUGCCGCCAAACUCCUGGAUGAAUGAUCCGAAUGGGCCAAUCUUCAUCAAUGGCCUUUAUCAUCUGUUCUAUCAGCACAAUCCAUCGAAAGCGGCAUGGGACUGGGGUAUUUGUUGGGGCCAUGCAGUGAGUACAGACUUGGUGCAUUGGGAGCAUCGUCCACUUGCCUUGACUCCAACACCUGGGACGUAUGAUCAAGAUGGUAUAUUCUCUGGAUGCUGUGUAAAUAAUGAAGGAGUGCCUACCAUCUUGUACACUGGGGUUCAGACUACAAAGAGGGGUGAAAAUGUGAAAGUCACAUCAUACAAUGAGGUCCAAGGCAUUGGGUUUUCAGAAGUACAAUGCAUCGCCACGUUUGGAGCUGAUGGGAAGAUUCAGAAACAUGCGGCGAAUCCAGUCAUUAAUGCCCCUCCUCCAGGUCUGCAGAUUGUUGGGUUCCGAGAUCCAUUUGUGUGGAAGGAAGGGGAGGAGUGGUUCAUGCUGCUGGGUUCCGGGAUUCAAGACGUAGGAGGGACAGCACUUUUGUACAAGAGCCCAGACCUGAUCCGGUGGGAGUAUGUGCAGCCCAUAUGCAUGGGAAACAUCAAGGAGAGUGGGAAGAUGUGGGAAUGCCCUCUGUUGAUUAACUUUGGGAAGUGGCAUAUGCUGUGUGUAUCACCGGACACCCCGGCCAACCCUGUCUUGUAUUGGGUUGGAGUCUACGAGAGAGGCACGUUCACUCCCAAGGGUGGUGUAAAGAGGCUGGAUCUUGGGAAUGUCGUGUACGCUCCGAACUGCUGUGUCGAUAACAAAGGCAGGCAGCUUCUCUGGGGGUGGGUGCAAGAGGUUCGUUCGGAGGAGGCGUGCGUAAGUGCAGGGUAUGCGGGAUGCCUGACCUUGCCUCGAGUGCUUUCUAUGAAUGACAACGGUGUCCUGUUCCAGGAGCCUCCUGAGGAAAUCAAACUCCUCCGCACUUAUCAUCUUGUCAACGAGGGCCCCAUGCGAUUGGUACCUGUCGAACCCGUGUUCUAUGGUGUGCGGACUGGCUGUCUGGAGGUCGAGGUUGAAGUCGACCGGGGAACGGCGGAUGCAUUUGGUAUUGACAUCCGGGAGAUGCCGACCAUGCCGCAGCCGAUGGUAAAAAGCAGCUCGUCACCUGCUCUUGAUGAAUCGCUAGCGAAUCCUCCCCUGGAGGCCACGAGGGCGCAGAAAGUGCUCAACGCUGAACCCCACGAAGGAGUGCUGAUAUCCUACGACUUCAACCGCAAAUGGCUUGAGGUCUCCUGGUGGCAACCGGGUGCGGAGCAUGGAACAGAAGCUGCAGGAGAAUUGGUUUCUAAAGGCGGAGAAGUCGUAUUGCGUGAAGGCGAAUCCCUCAAAAUGCGAGUGUUCCUCGAUCGCUCAGUUGUUGAGGUGUUUGUGAAUGGCCUGGCUUGCUUAACAACAAGAAUGUAUCGUGCUGUAAUCGGAGUGGCUCUUCUGGCGAAGGGUGGUGAUGCCGAGUUGAUAUCAGCAAAUAUGUGGGAGAUGGGCUCGAUGUGGGACCCUCCAGCUGCUGGUGAUCUUGAAUCAUCAGCCCUAGCGGUUGACCCAUUUAUCUGAUUGGUUUGCAAUUUGUUGCCUUGGAUCAGGUGUGACAUGGAAAAGCAAUUGUUGUCAGUCAUCUGCUUGUCAUUGACAGUGGAGCUGUUCUCCAGCCUGUUGCUGCGCUGGUUUGUUGUGGCUUCCGGAAGGGUGUUUCUGCGAAAGCAGCACCAGGGCAGGUUAACGUUGCUGAGUUGAGGGCGGCGACUCUGGCUUCCGACUUCUGCAAGACAAGAGGGGUGAGGGAGGUGGCAAGGUGGGAAGCAGAUAUAUUCGAUUCGAUGAAGGUGCUUAUUUAAGGGGAUGCAACUUCAAGAAAGGUAUCAUGUUCCUGCAUAAACUUCGCUUCGUGUGACACUGGGGGAUAAUACCGUGCUCCUCCAUAAAAACAUUGCUCCGUGUUUCAUGGGCAUUAACUGCCGUGCAAGAUUUUUCACCUGGAAGUUGUCAAAUUCUUCUUUUAUCUUUUUCCUUUCGUCCCCAAUAGAAGAGACUUUGUGUUUUCUGGGCUCGAGCCUGGUAAGAUGGAAAUUGGUUUCUAAGGAGUGAGGAACGCAGAAGGGAUUUCCUCAGGCAGGGACGAGUAGGAGGGAGUGGGAAUGAGAGAAAGUUGGGAGGAAGGAGGGGAACGAGGGGGUGAGGAAUGGGAGAGGACAUUCUCCGAGAGGCAAGGGGAGACAAUGGGAUAUGGGUGAGAGGGGAAUAAGACGGGGAAGGUCGGGGAUGGAAGGGGAGGGGUGGACGCUGAGGUAGGAGGAGCAGGGAGUAGUAAGAAGUGGGUGAGGUAGCGGCGUGAACUCCCUCCCUUGCAAGAAUAUGCAGAGCGAGGGUCCCGAGGGAGGGAGGUCGGAACUGCCAUGCGGGCAAGGGGAGGGAGAACAAGGCUUGAACGUGGAGGAGGCAUCAGGCCGGCCAAAUGCAGCUAGCUGUGGUGCUUGUUUUACACCGGGCAGUUGGCACAUAGACUGACUAAUUUCUUCCAAUUAGUGGGGCAAGUAUCAUCUUGUCUUGGUAUAUAUAUAGAUAUAGAUGACAGAUGCUUGCUCCAUCUGCGCGAUUUCGUGCAGUGAAGAAGUCGAUUGUCCCCACCGCCCUACACCAUUUUUCUUCCGUCCGUCGUUUGAGGCUAAUUCUGCCUCCGUCGUAGACAGAGUGUACAAUAGAUGCAUGUGAUGUCUGGUAAAGUGUUUCUUUUUUUCAUUUCAUUGACGAGUGUUUUUUUAUGUCCUGAAUUCUUUGGGAGAAGGCCGGUGUCUGUCUGUUUGUUGCUACUUCCAAGCCGUUUGUUCCCGCCACCGAGGGUUCAAGAAAGAGGGAGGAGGGGUGUACUUCUUGUUGCAGCAGCAAAGGCAAGACAAGGUGACUCAAUUCGUGCCUGCAGCUAAAAUCGAGGAGGGGUGUACUUCUUGUUGCAGCAGCAAAGACGAGAGAAGGUGAAUCAAUUCCUCCCUGCCACUUAUUUCAGCUACGGGAUGAGAUAAGAUGAUUUGCUUCUUGCCUGCCCAAGGGAACACAAGUUGGAGUAACAAGUCAAGCCGAGGAGAGAGAGAUUUUAUAUGCUAUGCUAUGCUAUGCUAUGCUGUGCUGUGCUGUGAAGGGGGGCCAGCCGGUAGGGCAGCAGACUGCUCUUGUGGGUUGCUGAUAUCUUGUCUCCUCUGUUGAGGAUUUGGGAUGACUACAAUCUCUUGGACAACGCGCCGUAAAUACUAAAUAAUGAAUUGUCAUGUAUAUGGAGAAGUCGCGACCUUCGCCAUGAUGUGUGAAUCCAGCCCUCUUAAUUUGUCGAAACAGCCGUUACCUUUUGGGAAUUCAGCAGUUGAGUCAGUUGACAUAUAUAGUAAGUAGCCUGCUAAUUUUAAUUUGUUGGUCUGUGCCCCCUGACCGACACAAAAUGUUGGAUGCGACAGAGGUUCGGUGCAGUCACGUGGGUCGCUCGACGCCAAUUUCCCCCAAUCAAGGUGCGAAGAUAGU